AUGGCCUGCGCCACAUUAAAGAGAUCUUUGGAGUUCGACCCGGUGCAUAGUCAUGGUCGUCCUAGUAAACGACGAAGAUGUGUACCAAUGUGUGUCUCUCCCGGUACAUCGACGCAAGCCAAUUCCAGGCCACAAAAUCCAUCGCCUUUUGGCGAAGUAACCCAUAAACUUACCCCUGAAAAAAUGGCUGCCAAUAUAAGAGAGGAAAUUCGGAGACUGCAUCGACGCAAACAAUUGCAUUUUAGUCCUCAAAACAAUAGUGGUGAUUCGUCGGAUAUGGAAGGCCCUGCUAGUCCUUCAAGCCCAUCUGCGUGUGGUUCAAAUUCACAUAGUUAUAAUCCUAGUGGAAAAGAAAAACCCUUAUUCACAUUCAGACAGGUUGGUUUGAUCUGUGAACGAAUGCUUAAGGAACAAGAAACACAGAUCCGAGAAGAAUAUGAUCAGAUUUUAAAUAUGAAGCUCUCUGAACAAUAUGAUGCUUUUGUUAAAUUUACCUAUGAUCAGAUACAAAAAAGAUUUGAAUCUGAAGCUGCGCCAAGUUAUCUAUCCUAA